GGUCCCUUUGUGCACGUUCGAGCUGCAGAACCCGUGCUGGUUCCACUGAGGGACCAUUUCCCCAGCAGGGAGGAGCAGAUUGUGGCUCUGCAGAGCGGCGGUGAAUUCGAUGUGCUGGUCAUCGGGGGAGGAGCCACGGGCUGCGGCUGCGCGCUGGACGCGGUCACCAGAGGACUAAAAACAGCCCUUCUAGAAAGAGAUGAUUUCUCAUCAGGGACCAGCAGCAGGAGUACUAAAUUGAUCCAUGGUGGAGUGAGGUAUCUUCAGAAGGCCAUCAUGAACUUGGAUCUCGAGCAGUACAAGAUAGUGAAAGAGUCACUUCUGGAGCGUGCAAAUCUCCUUGAAAUUGCUCCUCACCUCUCAGCUCCUUUGCCAAUAAUGCUGCCUGUUUACAAAUGGUGGCAGUUGCCAUACUACUGGUUUGGGAUAAAACUCUACGACAUAGUGGCAGGGAGCCAGUGCCUGAGGAGCAGUUAUGUCCUUAGCAAGUCGAGAGCCUUGGAACUCUUCCCAAUGCUGCGCAAAGACGACCUGGUCGGAGCCAUCGUCUACUACGACG